GCAACUUCAGUCGCAGCAGCCACUGUCAAAAUUUCGGUUGGUUUAAGGAAACUAAACAAUUUUUGGUGUCUAGUCUCACAUUUAACAUUUAAAACGGUAUAAACCCAACAUUUUUUGCCUUAACCUAAGGGGCCCAAAAUUCGUAACUAUUUGCAAUGUUUCGCGUUGGCAAGUUGCGGCGCUACAUGGCUUCGGUAGCCAAAAGGGAUUCAUGCCCUUCCCCAUCAAGGAAUCGCUUUCCGGUGACGGGGUUCCACUUACAACGGCGCUGCUUACAAUCGAGGAACUACUUGCAACAGGGACUAUCCAACCGCAUGGCCGGCACGCCAUCGGCCACGGCUCAGUUGGCCACCGGGAGCGGCGGUGGUAAGCAGCCCAAGUCGUCCCAUAACGAAGGUUUCCCCGAAGGAAAAAGCCGUUGGCCGCGCAAGGUUUUCAGCGGGGUCCAGCCCACUGGAUCGCUCCACCUGGGAAACUACUUAGGAGCGGUGCGGAAAUGGGUGGAAAUGCAGAAUGCUCGUGAAGAUGUCACCAUUUGCAUCGUGGACUUGCACUCUAUCACACUUCCGCAUAAUCCUCCAGUUCUACGGGAAAACAUCUUUACUAUGGCUGCCACUCUACUGUCCUGUGGCAUUGAUCCUGCCAAGAGCACUCUUUUCGUCCAGUCCAGCGUGCCUGAGCAUGCCGAGUUUAACUGGAUCCUCAGUUCCCUGACCACUAUGCCACGUCUGGCACAGCUGCCACAGUUUCGCGAGAAAUCGCGUCUAGUGAAGGAUGUACCAUUAGGAUUGUACGUUUAUCCUGUGCUCCAGGCUGCCGACAUAAUGCUCUACAAAGCCACCCAAGUGCCCGUGGGCGCUGAUCAGUUGCAGCACAUCCAGUUGGCCCAGCACCUCGCAAGAUCCUACAAUACUCGUUACGGUGAAACAUUUCCCGUGUGUCAAGCUCUCAUAGAGGAUGGCAAUGCAUCGCGCGUGUUAUCGCUUCGUGAUCCCUCCAAGAAGAUGUCCAAGUCGGAGGCCAACCCAAAGGCCACCAUAAACCUGUGCGAUCCACCCGACGUGAUCGUGCAGAAGAUUAAAAAGGCAGUCACCGAUUUCACAUCGGAUAUUACCUUCAAUCCGGGUAAGCGACCCGGUGUCAGCAAUCUGGUUAACAUCCACGCUCUAGUCACUGGUCAGCCUAUCAAAUCGGUGGUGGAUGAGGCUUCAACUCUCGACACAGCCAAAUACAAGGAGCGGGUGGCCGAUGCGGUUAUUGAGCACCUGCGUCCUAUCCGGGAGCAGAUUCUCCAUCACAUGGGCAAGCGCAGCGAGCUUAUUUAUCUGUUGGAAGUUGGUGCGGAGAAGGCACGCCAGCAGGCGCAACACACUCUGAGCGAUGUGAAGCAGCGCCUGGGCCUAGGGACAAGUAAUAAUAUGCCAGCGGCAGUGAAUGUGGCACCAUUGCUGCCGCCGGAGGUGUCGAAAACAUCGCCUAGCAGGAUGAUGGCCCAAGAGAACGAGGGAGGCAUCCACGAGCGUCACGAACGAAUGUAUGGUUUCGGAGAUGUUCCCACCGGUGGACCGGGCCAAUCGCCUACUGGAGAACUGACAGAGGUGAGCAGUGCAAUGACCCGGACGGUUGUCCGUCGCGCUCCUAUUGUUCCGACGCAGUCCUUGCGAGUUGAGAAGCAGCUGGGUAGCACGCGACCGCGUCACGUCUUUAAAAUGGACAAAUGCAAUGCACCCCAUAUUGGAUUCAAGGCGCCACCCACGUUCCCCACCACCAUGGUCACUGGCGGGCUGGCGAAGAACCGGCGGCCAAUCGUCAAAUCCGGCUUAGGAUACACGCACAACAGCCAUAAUGUGAAUCCCAGCGCUGUGUCGACUGUGGCAAGGGAGGUGAACGCCGUAAAGCAACAGGAGUUUACCUGCAAUCUGGCCAACAGUGCCUACUAUAAAUCCACUCUCAAUGCAAGCGCAAAUAGGACGAGCGAUAGGAGUAGCUCCAAAGACAGGAGUAGCACCAUGGAUAGGAGUAGCUCCAUGGAUAGGAGCACUCCAAUAGAGAGGAGCAAUCCUAUUGAAAGAAGCAGUCCUGUUAUAAGAAUCGAGGAGAGCACCAUUAAUUCAAUCAGAGAGGUCGAGGCCAGCGCUGAGGAUGAGGAGUCGAGAGUUGUGGAGGAACAGCAUCACGAUGAGAAUGCAGAGCAUGAGGAGGAAAAGGAAAGGGACGCUGAAGUGGUAGAAAAGAGCCCCGAGGCUACCAAACUGGAAAUUUAGGGCGGGGAAGCAUUGCAAUUGUUAUUAGUGUAGUAGUAAGGUUAAUCAUAUUAUUAUUGAAAAAUCCGUCGUUCAACGUAACUUGGAACAAUGCUUGGAACCCGGCCUACUUGCAUUUCCAUGGAGAGAUCAUUUUGACCAACAACGAGAAAUAUAAAUUUUCUUUAUGCGCAAAUGUAAAACGGCUAACCAAAAUUAAUGAAUAAAAAAAUUGUUACUUUCGUUA